AGUCGUUACAGUAGCAUUAACAGCGCCUCGGUUUGGGGUUUUCAGGGCCACAUUGUGCGGAUGCUGCUGUCCGUGGUGCUGAUACCCUCUCCGUUCCACUUGGGGGCGGAUGAGGGCUCUUCUGACGCGGUGUUGCUGGGGAGAGCUGCCUCAUUAGACACUGAUGGGCGGUCUAUUUUAGGUGAAAAAGCUCGAGACAGAUGAGGCUAACUAAACAGACUUUAGAGAGGAUUCCCCAAAUCUGACACCGACGAUAAAUGAAGACAUUUAACGACAAAGCGAUGUCUGUGUAAAAUAAAGGGAAGGAGUCGUUGAUAUUUGUUCGUCUCGCUUUAACCCGCAGAAGAAAGGGGAUGUUUCUGCCGUCGCUCUCCCAAACACCACGAAGACAACAACAAAGGGAAUUCAUUAAUCAGUUCAUUUCUUGAGGCGAAACCCUCCUGUCUAUUUCGGAACACGGACAUUAUUGCGAAUUCUGUCAAGGUGCUUUGGAGAUUGAUUAUAUUGAAAAGAGUCCUUUUGAAAAAACUGGACAGUUACAUCAGCAGAAACAGUCACAAACAAAACUGUAGCUCUCUGCUACUGACAUCACCAAAAGACAUCAUUACAAUCAAACCAGCCCGGCUGUAUACGGGCGAUGCUCGUUGAUGCUUCUCUCUCUCACCAUUUCUCUGUAUAAACUCUGCAGAUCUUUCUCCAUGUUUAGCUCCGAAAGGCUCUCAGUUCCCGAAUAUGUUUCCCGGCUACAGAACCGGAGAUCCGUCCCGGACCCCAUAGCAGUAUCUCCGGGUCUGAGCACCGAUGUCCGGGCGGCUUUGGAUGCAGCCCUGCCGUCGCUCCGCGCCGCUAUCCGGACUCUGAAAGAGGCCGAAGAAACCUCGAAUUUAGAGGAGACUCGGAAGGGAAUCGCGCAGGCAUUCCAGCUGGUCCAGGAAGCCUGGGUGCUGCCCACGGUCGGAAGGCAGGUCGCCGAGGAGAUCUGCAACACAAUCCGGCUGGAAGGGGCCCUCGACCUGCUUCUCAAGCUGCUGCAGUCCCCCGAAGUGGAAAUCAAGUAUGAGUCCACCAAGUUACUGGAGCAAAUACUGACAUCUGAAAACAGGGACCGCGUGGCGCGGAUGGGUCUGGGGGUGAUUCUGAACCUGGCCCGCGAGCGAGAUGAUGCCCAGCUGGCCCGCAGCGUCUCUGGGAUCCUGGGGCACAUGUUCAAGCACACGGAGGAGACCUGCUCCCAGCUCAUCAGCAACGGAGCGCUGGACUCGGUGCUGUACUGGUGCCGGGGCACCGACCCCACUGUGCUCCGCCACUGCGCCGUGGCUCUGGCCAACUGCGCCAUGCACGGGGGCCACGCCUGCCAGCGGCGGAUGAUCGAGAAGCAGGCAGCCGAGUGGCUGUUCCCGCUGGCCUUCUCCAAGGAGGACGAGCUGAUCCGAUUCCACGCCUGCCUGGCGGUGGCUGUGCUCGCGGCUAACAGGGAGGUGGAGGGGGAGGUGGUGCGCUCCGGCACCCUGGAGCUCGUGGAGCCCUUCAUCGCCUCGCUGGACCCGGACGAGUUCGCGCGCAGCCUCCUCGACAGCUCCGACAACACCCAGGGACGCACAGCCGCCGACUUGCAGCACCUGCUGCCCCUGCUGGACGGGGCCCGUCUGGAGGGGAAGUGCAUCGCUGCCUUCUACCUGUGCGUGGAGACCAGCAUCAAAUCCAGGCAGAACAACACCAAGAUAUUCCAAGAGAUCGGCGCAGUGCAGAGCCUGAAGAGGAUAGUCAGCUACUCCAGCAAUGGAACCACCUCGUCUCUCGCCAAGCGGGCACUGAGAAUGAUGGGAGAGGACAUCCCACGGCGCAUCUCUCCCGCCGUGCCUAACUGGAAAUCUGGAGAGGUGCAGACCUGGCUGCAGCAGAUCGGCUUUACUGCCUACACCGAGCGCUUCCAGGAGCUGCAGGUGGAUGGAGACCUGCUUCUGAACAUCACUGACCUGGAGCUGCGCAUCGACCUGGGCAUGACGGCCGGCCUCACCAGGAAGAGGUUCUUCAGGGAGCUCCGAGAGCUGAAGACCUACGCCAACUACUCGACCUGCGACCCCAGCAACCUGGCGGACUGGCUGGGGGGGUUGGACCCGCGCUUCCGGCAGUACACCUACAACCUGCUGCAGGGUGGCCUGGAGAGGAGCUCCCUGCCCCGGGUCACAGAGCAGCAGCUCCAGGUAGACUGCCGCGUGGAGAACGGACUUCACCGCGCCAAGAUCUUGGCGGCAGCAAAAGAGAUGCUCCAAGCCCCCCCACCCUGCAGUGCCUGCGAGCUGCAGCCAGAGGGCCCCGAUGUGUUCAUCAGCUAUCGGAGGACAACCGGCUCCCAGCUCGCCAGCCUGCUAAAGGUGCAUCUCCAGGUUCGUGGGUUCAGCGUGUUCAUCGACGUGGAGAAGCUGGAGGCCGGCAAGUUUGAGGACAAGCUGAUCCAGAGCGUGCAGCGAGCGCGCAACUUCAUCCUGGUGAUGUCGGCCGGGGCGCUUGACAAGUGCAUGGGGGACAGCGACAUGAAGGACUGGGUCCACAAGGAGAUCGUCACGGCCCUGAACGGAGGGAAGAACAUUGUCCCCGUGACCGACCACUUCCUGUGGCCCGAGCCCAGCAGCCUGCCCGAAGACAUGAGGUCCGUCCUCAACUUCAACGGAGUCAAGUGGUCCCAUGAGUACCAGGAGGCCACUAUUGAGAAGAUCAUUCGGUUCCUGCAAGGACGGACCUGCAGAGAUCUCUCCAGCUCUCCUGACAGUCUCUCGAGUCCCCCCUAGGGCAGCUCUAAUGUGGGGUGAUGGGCAUCUAAGACCUGUGUCAAGUGUACCCCCAAUCUUUCGCCCCUAUGCCUUGUAUACCCACGUCAAGCUUGCUCUGGACCUCAAACCCGUAUAUAAUGCAGUCCCUCCUCCCUGCCUUCUUUACAUCUGCGUGGAAGUGAAACAGCCUGCAGGUGCCGUCCUUCACAGCUCUGUAUAGAUCUGCGCAGCAUCCUAGGGUGUCUUAAGAACUCACAUUCUGGGUAGCUACCUCCUGGAGAAGAAAGGGGAGUUCAGGCCAGUGGUACUGGUUGGUUUGGAAAGUUCCAUUUUACAGGUACAGGAGGGAGCUGAUGCGAAGUGAUGAGCUGCCUGUUCUGUUUACCCCCCCAGUGUUUCUGCUUGGUCUGUCUUGAAGAUGGAAAGGCUAUCUCUUGGUUGAGCUGAGCUGCUGCAUGCCAUUCUGGGAGGAGAUUGUUCAUCCACGGAGAGAGUGAUUUGUUCCGUGGUCAUGUCACUUUCAAAUGGAAAAGCUGUCUCUCAGGUCAAAAUCACUUCGGCUGUCAGGUAAUCAGUUAACCUCAGGGCUGGUCCAUUUGCUUACACAGGAGGAGUCAACUGGACUGAACCAUUAGGCAAUAUCUGCAGGAUUUUAUUUAUUGUUUUUAAUAUUUUGUUAAAAAAAAAAAUGUAAUUGUGUUACAGUUUUAAAUAUUUGUGCUACAGUUAACAUUGGGUGGAAAAAAGGGACAUGAGUGUAUAUAACCCUGCAAAUAUGAAUUCUGUAUUUCAAAUGUUUUAUUUGUGCAUACAGGUGCAGCUAAGUUUCAGUUACAGUACUAUUAAACUGCAGUCUAACGACAGCACCCUGCUUUUGUAAAAAGUCAUUUCUACAUCAUCUCGAUGCUUUCAAAAUGAAGCUGCAUGUUUUCCUUCUUAAUUUACCAAACAAGUACUGGAGCAGCCCAGAACACUAACCACAGAGCUGCUAAACCCACUAUCUACACUGCAGCCCUGCACUAUAACCACUCAAACACACUACUAUUAACACUGCAGUCUAGCACUAUGACCACUGAGCUAACUUCCUCGCCUCAGCCAAGCACUGCAAGCAUUAAUCUGCUCAACCCCAGGUUUGUACAAACUUGUACACUUUGUAGUUAUGAUAGUAGAUGCUUCUCUUUUGCAAUGUUGGCAGCUUUAACCCUAUCCGACUGUUCCGUGGCCUUAAGUAUAUUCCUUCAAGAUAUAGGAAAAACGACUGUGUUAUUGUGGCAGUGGUGUGAUUUCAGGGGUUCUUGUAUAUUGCAAGUUAGUUAAACUGAACAAUAUGCAAUAAAGGUUACAAAUAUAUAGGAUUUUGUGAUACAAUCUUGGAGUUUUUUGUUUUUUUUCUUCCAUCAAAACAGAUUAAAGUUUGGGUUAAAAUACUAUCUUCACCCCUAUUUAAUGAGACUGGAUUACCCUGGUGCAGAGCAUAUUUGCAGCACAUCCAGCGCUGAUUACAGCUGACUGAGAUUUUACAUACAGAUGGAAUUUGAUACCUCAGCCGUGGGUUCAUAAUCCAAACCACUAUUCAUAACCACUGCAUAAACUGACCAAUCCUGCACCAUUGACGUUGAACUUCUAUUACCAUGAAUACAAUAAUAAUGCAUUCAAAUGUUCCAUAUGAAAAAUAAAACCAAUCUCAAUAUUGCAGAAAAUACUGUUUCAUGUUAAGGUGAAGGCCAGGUUGUAUGUGCUGGUGGUUAGUCUGUGUUUUCUGUAAAGCAAUGGCGAUGUGCUGUAGAACAGGGUACAACCCCAGCAUGUCCCCACCUGGGCUCCCUCUUCAAAUGUGUAUAAUACUGUAGUUUAUAGAUUUUUUUUUUGAAUAAAUUAGUAUUAAAAGGAAGAACAAGGUUGUACUGUUUUUCUGCCAGACCCA